AUGAUAUAGAGUUUAAGAGUACAUACCAAUUUUCAUAAGUAAAUGGAAAAAUUAAAAGGAUUUUUGGUUUCCACUCAUACAAUUUCACCUAUUGAGGCUGAAUAACCACUUAGGAAAACUUAAACUCCUUUAAUUGGAUAAUUAUAAUAAUCCAUAUAAUUUAGUGAUGAGGAAGAAUAAAGUGAAAAUAUCUAAGAAAUUGAUGUUAAAUCAACAAAUUUUAAAGAUGAAUUUGUUUUAGGAAGAAAGUUAGGUGAAGGCACACAUGGAAUAGUAAAAUUGUGUUGGAAAAAAGACAAUCCAUCUAUGUUAUAUGCUGUAAAAAUAAUUAAAACAAUUGAUGAAGAGCAUUUGGAAAUAGUUAGAUAAACAUUUAUUAAUUCUACAAUCAUCAAAAGUCCUUACAUAGCAAAAUGUUAUAAAUUAUAUAUAGAUAUCAAUGUAAUUUAUAUGUUAAUGGAAUAUGUACCAUAUUAAAAUUUAUAAACUAUCUUAUAAGUGUAAAUAAAGUUAAAAGAAUAAGAUGUAUAAAAAAUAGCUAAUGCAUUAUUAAAAAGUGUGAGAUGUUUACAUAGUUGUGGAAUAUGUCAUAGAGAUAUUAAACCAGAUAAUAUAAUGAUCGAUACGAAGUAUUUCAAUAGUUAUUCAAAGUGAUUUUUCAGUUAAAUUAAUAGAUUUUGGUGUUUCUAGAAGAUUUGUAACUUAUAAUAAUAGCACUUUUCGAUAUAUAAGAAAGUCAAUGUUGACUAUAACUGGAAAUCUUAAUUAUCGUGCACCUGAAAUAAUGUUUAGUCAAUCUUAUGGAUAUAAUCAAUAGAUUGAUUUAUGGGCUAUAGGUGUUACACUAUAUCAAUCUUUAACAGGAUCUUUACCAUUUAUUUCUGAUAAUACAGCAGAUAUCAUAGCUUAAUUAUCUAAUAGGUAUGUAUUCAAUUUAAUAAUAAUAAAAUUAGUAAUUCAUUAUAACAAGCAUUCCAAUAAGAGUCUUUCUUAAAAUUAUCAUCAAGUUGUAGAGAUCUGAUUAAAAGACUACUUAUGUGGAAUCCCCUUAAAAGAUUAACUGCUUCAGAAGCAUUAAAACAUAUAUGGAUUCCUAAUGCUUAAACUCCAUAGAAACCUUUGAUUAAAAAGAUCACAAAGGAUGACAUGGAUACUAGUAGAAUAAGUUAAAAUAGUGAUAUUUUGAAUAAGUCUUUAAUCAAUAGUGCAGAUAUUUUGAAUUAAGAGUUAUAAAAUACUUUAAUAAUGAGCAAAUAAAUUGAUUCUGUAUUAGAAAACUCUUAAGGUUCAAAUAAGAAUUUGAGAUUUUCAAUUAACAUAAAAUAAGAAAAAGAUAUUCAAGAUUUUAAAUCUAAACUCAAAUAAUUCAAAUUAGAAUCAUCUACUAAUAUAUAUAGUAGAAUAAAUAAUUGUCAAGCCAAUCCAAUAUAAUUAGUAGGAGCUUGGGAUGAUAAAAAAAGAAAUUCAAUUAAAUUAGAAGAAGAAGAUGAUAUUUUUGGUAUUAAAGUCUGUGGCAGUCACCAUUCUCUAACUUAAUUAGAUGAUCCAUUGUAAUAAGAGUAAUAACCUUAAUGGAACUAAUUAGAUCCUAAACUCUUGUAAGAACUCUCUAAAUAUAAUUUGUGA